AUGUUCCGAAUAUCACGGCUGGCUUCAACCCAAGCACCCUCACUAGCAUCCCGACGUAUCCGACCUCGACCCUUUCUCCCUUCACCGACUGUCACCCGAACCCUAACAUCCACCCCACCAAGGCGUCAACAGCCUCCAACUGAUGACCCAAGCAAAACAGAGCCGAAACCCUCCCUCUCCGACGCCCUCCGCGAUGAUGCCUCCUCGGGGCAAUCCCGCCUCCUCGGCACUGUCCACACGCACUACACCCCCCACGGCGUCCUGCAACCGGACCACCCAGCGGCCAGAAUCCUCGAGAACUCCUCGAUCGUCAUCCAACGGCAGCUGGAGAUGAUGAACGUGGUGUUGGGGUUCGAGCAGGCGAACGAGUACGUGAUCCAUGAUCCGGAGGGGAACCAUAUCGGGUAUAUCCUCGAGACGGGGGGCGGGAUCGGGAAGGGGAUCACGCGGCAGAUGAUGCGGACGCAUCGGAGUUUUACGUCGCAUAUUUUGGAUCGGACAGGGAAGGAAGUUCUGCGGAUCCACCGACCCAUCAAACUCAUCAAAUCCCGCAUCUCCAUCCACGACGCCUUCACCCCCUCUGACCCCUCCCUCCCCGGCCCCGACCCCACUACCACAUCCCUCACCCCCGGCCAACACCUCACCUCCCCCCAAAUCUCCCCCUCCCCCCUCUCCUCCCUGCCCAUCAUCGGCGAAGCCCAAUCCGAAUGGGCGCCUCUCCGCCGCAAAUACCAUCUCUUCCACCACCACUCGGCGCCCGCAGGGCCCGGCGAGUUCGCGCAGUUCGCUUCUAUCAACGAGGCGUUCCUCUCAUGGAGCUUCAUGCUGCGCGACGAGGACGGGCGGGUGAUCGGCAACGUCGACCGGAAUUGGGCGGGGUUAGGACGGGAGUUCCUCACGGAUACAGGCGUGUAUGUGUUACGCAUGGACGCUGCUGCGGAGGAGGCGGCCGCAGGCACGGCGCAGGAGGGAGUAGAGAAGUCGGGGCCGCCCGCAGACGUGCCGACGCUGUCGCUGGAUCAGCGCGCCAUCAUGCUCGCGACAGCGGUGAGCAUCGACUUCGACUACUUCUCGCGGAGUCGUGGCGGGUUCAUGCCAUUUCCGAUGUUCUGGGGGUCGUCGGAGGCGGGCACGGUGGGGGUUGGAGGGGUUGGAGGGGCGGCGGGGGGGAUGGGAGAGGGGGCUAUGAUGGGAGCGGGAGGGGCGGCAGUGUAUGAGACGAUGCAGGGAGGGCGGGGGGCGGGAGGGGUGGCGGCAGCGGAGCAGGGGAACGCGCCGCCGGGACAAACGUUUGAUGAUGCGAGUCCGCAGGGCGGGCAGGACGGAGAGAGUAGUCUGUGGGCGGAUGAUCCACCGGAUCAGAACGUGCAGGAUCCGUGGGGGGAGAAGAGUGAUCCUUGGUCGGGUCAGGAUGACCCGUAUCAGCAGCAGGAUGGAGGAGAGAGCGGGGAAUCGGGUGGUGGUGAAGGGGGAUUCUCGUUCUGGGAUUUCUUCGGGGACGAGUGA